UAGGAGACGACUAAGCUAGUCUUCCCGACAGCACCGUCGCCCACCAGGACCACCUUGAUUCUCCGAUCGUGCGGGAUGCCACUGCUAUCGUUGCUGUUCCCGUUCGAAUUUUGAUUCUGUCCGUUUCCAGUAACUCGUUUUACCUGCAUCUGCAUCAUUUGGCCGCCCUUCAGCAACGGUUUCGUCCAGUUCGUAUGCGACGACGGCGGCAUUGUCUCACUCUUUAUUCUCCCGCAUCCGCGGCCCUUCAUGCGCGCGUAAAAACCACCUUAGAGAAUAUUAUUAUAACCUCGCGGAGUAGACAAAGCCAGCUAAGAAAGCACGAUAAAACGCGACACGAGUACAGUGGAUCGCGUCCUAUCGCACUGCACAGUGAUGAAUUUUUACCGCAACAAGAAGCCUUGGUACUUCGCACCCGAACGUGUCAUUUUUCGAUGUCGAACAACCUGCGCCGCCAAUGGACCAACGAUGUGCUCGUUCGACCGUGCUGAUGUCUUGCUGAAACUGGUGCUUGCUAAUGACACUGUUGCUGCUAGUGGGGAUACUGCUGCUCUGUGCUACCUGACGCUUAUGUAGCACACGUCAGAAAACAAUGGACAUUGGUCGUUGUUGGACCGAACGAAAAAGAGGAAGAAAUUUAUCCACCUGCCGCGCCGCGGAGCCACCUGUUAUAUUACUGCUUUCUCGUGCCAACAUCAGCUGCUUUGGCACGCUCCUGAUGUCUCAACGUUGCCAUGGACCGGCGCGCAGGUACAAUCUGCCUUCCUCUAUCUCUCUCAUGCUUUCGUCAUUAUGCUGUUCGAGAGAGAGGGAAAUAAGAGGACAAAGCAUGCUCAACGGGAUUCGCGCGUUUAAGUUACACACGCAGACGCAGUCGUAUCCAUAGUGAUGCGGCACUGGACCUUCUUUAGUGGAUUGUGUGUUCUAGCGUUGCGUGUCGGAUGUUCUCAUUCAGAAUUUAUGAUAUUCUUUUACUUCUUUUUCUUUGUCUGAAUUCAAAAACGGAUAUGUGUGAGAAUAGAUAAUCAAUUUCAUUCUUCGGUUAAAGAAUAUAGUGCGUUUUUGCAUUUUUUAUCAUUCAAAGCCGGCUGAAUUGCGCCAGGAUUCGAUAUAGGCGAUUAGAGCUUCUAUAUAUCAGGAUACUGAUUUCUGAGAGCAUCAAUCAGAAAUAUAUGCUCUUAAUUUGAAUAUGCGACGUCUGGUGGCAAGCUGGAGGAAGUCUCCGUACUUGCUAUUGCUUCAACAUGGGAGAAAAGAGUACGAUCGAGACAUCAUGCAGUAUUCAAAAUAUGUAAUGCAGUUUAUGGGAGGACAAAGGAUGUUAAAUAGAAAUAUAUCACAUGCAACUUCAAAUCAAACAUCAAUAGGCUCAAAGAUUUCUGUCAUGAGAAAAUUGAAAUUAGUUGUCCCUAUAGGAAUAGGUGUUUCAUUGAUUGCUUUUUUCCAGUGGAGACAUUUUAGGAAAUACAAACAUACUGCACAGGGUGAAGUAAUACAAGGACCGCUUAAUGAUUUUAUAGUAAAUUGCUAUUGUUGCCUUCCAUUGAGAAUAACAAGUAGGAUAUGGGGUUGGAUAGCUAAUAGAGAAGUACCUGUUAGUUUAAGACCAGGUGUAUAUCAAUUCUAUGCAAAAAUUUUUAAUGCAGAUUUGGAAGAAGUAGCAGGUGAUUUGUCAGGAUUCCCAACUUUAGUAGAUUUUUUUGUAAGACCACUCAAGGAAGAAACAAGACCUAUAGCUAAGAAUACAAAUAUGGUUUCUCCUUCAGAUGGUACAGUCCUUCAUUUUGGACCAGUAACAUCUUGCCGUGUGGAACAAGUUAAAGGGAUGACUUAUGAUCUUAGGCAUUUUUUGGGAGAUAUAGAUUUAGAGGAAUCUAAAGAGAAAAUAACUUAUACGGAAGAAGAUAAUAAAAAAUAUGUGAAGAGUCUUUUGAAAAAUCCGGCGAAUCAAUUAUAUCAAAUAACAGUUUACUUAGCACCAGGCGAUUAUCAUCGUUUUCAUAGUCCAACUGAUUGGGAGAUUGAAUUUCGAAGACACUUUCAAGGUAAACUAUUAAGUGUCAAUCCAAAGAUAGCUAGAUUUUUACCAGAUUUAUUUUCGCUAAAUGAGCGUGUGGUAUACAUUGGAAAAUGGGCGGAAGGUUUCAUGGCUUAUGCCGCAGUAGGUGCCACUAAUGUUGGUUCUAUUAAAAUCUAUUGUGAUAAAGAAUUAACUACAAAUAAAAUUAUAUGGCCGAAAAUGAAACGUUGGGAAGAUGCGAAGUUAGAGUGUACUCAUAUAUCUAAAGGACAAUUAUUUGGUGAAUUCAGAAUGGGAUCUACCAUUGUACUUCUAUUUGAGGCACCAGAAGACUUUCAAUUUUGUCUAAAUGUAGGACAGACCAUAAAAGUUGGUCAGGCAUUAUCUGAAUGCAUUGUUAAAUCAGAUGAAAAGUAUUUAUCAGGAAGUUUAUGAUUAUUAAUUAAAAGUAUUUUUUUCUCUAUAUAAAAUCUAUGAGAACUUGAUGUAUACACACAAUAUAUAUUACAUGUAUUUAUAUAAUUUUAAAGUGUAAAGAUUUAUAUAUAUAUAACUGUAAUACAUUUUUAACACAUACAGAGCGAGAAAGGGGGAAGAGAGAGGGGGGGGAGAAAGGGAGGGAGAGAGAGAAAGGAAAAGAUAUUCGAAUGGUUUACAGGUUGUUUCCUAUGAAUACUGUGAUAUGAUUAUAUAGAGAUGUGUUUCAUGCCCGUAUCUUCAUAUUCAUUAAUUAUACUCACAGAUGCAUAUAUUUUAAAAAAUCUACUAAUUAUUUAUAAAUAAAUGUCUAAUUGUUUUUGUAAUAUACUUUUAAUUGAAAACAUGAUAUAAAUAUGUUAUUUUUAUUUAUAUCAAUAGACUGCUUUCAUCAAUUUGACAGAUUAAAGUUUGAAAUAAUUCUUCACGACCACAGUGUAUGACCAUAAGUUCUUUUUCCUUCGAUUUAUGCUCGUGAAACUCGAUUUAGAAGCUGUCAAACUCUUUAGAAGCCCUGCAAGUCAUGUUGCAGUUCUAUUAGUUGAUUUGUACAGGUAUAUAUGAAUUCACGAUCAUUUUAUGCUAAUUUCAUUGUCAUUGUUGUAACGUUAUUAACUUAUUGUAUUUUAUUGUAGUCUGUAUUUUCGUAAACAGGAAAAAUUUUGAACAAGACAAUUUAAGAGGAUAAUAUAAUGAUAAGUGAUAAAUUUUGAUAAUUCUUAUAAUGUGAUAUUACACAUACAGAUAAAUGUAUAAUUUUAGAAAAUUAAAUAAACAUAUUGAAGCAGUC